GCAGCAGCAGCACACCUUCCAUUUCUCUCCUCCCAACUCUAUUUAUUUAAACCCUAAUAUCUAGCCUUCAAUCCAGUUUUCUAUAUAUUUGCUUAUUCCAUGCCUCUCGUCCCUAUCCUUUUUAUUAAAUAUAGUUCUACCCAAAUAUUUUUCAAAUAUCAUAUCAUUUGGAUCAUAUGAAAGAGAGCAUGGGAAAUCCGCUGCAUUUGAAGUCCUUGAAUCACAUCUCGAUAGCUUGCAGAUCAGUUGAGAAAUCCCUUGAUUUCUACCAGAAUGAUCUAGGGUUCUUCCCAAUCAGGAGGCCUGGCUCGUUAGAUUUCACUGGUGCAUGGCUAUUCAAUUAUGGCAUUGGCAUCCAUCUUCUCCAAUCUGAAGACCCUGAUAAAAUGCCCAAGAUCAGCCAGAUUAAUCCCAAGGAUAACCACAUUUCUUUCCAGUGUGAGAGCAUGGCCUUAGUGGAGACAAAGUUGAAGGAGAUGCGGAUCGAGUACGUGAAGCGCAGGGUGAAGGAGGGUGGGAUCAACGUUGAUCAGCUUUUCUUCCAUGACCCAGAUGGCACAAUGAUUGAGAUCUGUAACUGUGACAACCUUCCCGUUAUACCCCUAGAAAGCCAACCUAUAUCAGAUCCUGCAGCACGUAUCAGCUGCAGUGCUCAUAAGAACAAGUGCCACACCAGAUCAUCAAACAAGCAGUCCAAAUGAAACAUCAACAGCAUCAGCAGCAGAUGGCAUAUAUGCCUCCCUCCUAUGCACAUCAAGAAAGAUUACCUGCCUUCUGCAUGAAUGGGGAGUUUUUAGGAAGAGAUAUUAGGUUUAAUUUGCUCAACCAACUUGAAGAUGUUCCUGAAAUCAGAAUGUGUAUGUAUUUGUUCUGAUUCAAGUUUCAUAUUUUUAUUUUUAUUUUUUACUUUUGUUUUUUGUUUUUGUUGUACAUAUGUACUGAUUCAAGUUUCAUCAGUGAGCAGAUAAAAGUUAAAAAAUAAUAACUUACCUACAA